AUGAACUCCAAGAGUCAUAUGUCUAGGUCCCCCUCGACAGUCGACAAAACGAGGGCUGCGCUUCGAGUAGAAAGCACAGGAACCUCCGUCUUAUUGGGCGCUUCAUCGACAAGUGUGCAUGGUGGGGAGAUCAGCAGCUCGCAGAGGGAUCACAUUAGCAGUACAAUCAUCAUUAAUGUGGGUGGGUCUGACUUGGACGCAUUGCGGGCGACCUCAGCAGUAAACAAGAGCAGCAAUACGUUAGAGUCGGCUGGAGAAGUGCCCUCAUCUUCCUCGGACCACGAAGAAAUCGCAAUAUUGGAGGAGUCGAGAGCGACCACCAAUUCAGCCUGUUCAGGUCCUGGCAGCAGUGGUGCAUCUUUUGAAGCAGAGUCUCUGCCCACAGAGGAGGGCAACCCCGUUAAAAAAGAAUCCAGUAUCUCCAUCUACAGGCGUCACAUGUAUCUCGAAGCGCGCGGCUUUCCUCUCUGGAUUCCUCAACCCAACGAGGAACUUGAUGUCUCAUAUCGACGAAAAGGUGUCAGCAUUGGCGAUGUUGGAAGUUUCACUCCAGAUGGUGGCUUCGACUUCCUCUUUAAUAUUCGUUUUCCCGCUGGGCACUCAGGUAACCCUAAAGCACUUCCUGAAGGCUUUGUUCCUCUCGAGCUGGAACCAACAGAUGUUCGCAAAUAUUCUGCUCGUUCUUCGCACACCCAUAUAGCCAGUCCGUCUGUAAAGAGGCGAGACAGGACAACUUUUGAAUGCUCCGGUUCUGAUGGUGCUAUUCUAACAAUGCCUGGAGGGGCAUGCCACGAAGAUCUGAAAAAUUACAGGAAAUUUAGAAAAUAUGCAAGGAUUCACGCUAGAAGCUGGUAUCUUUACGCCAAAGGGCCUCGCGGUGAAGAAAUUGGCAAUGGGGAACUUCACUUGGUCACGGGGUGUGACAAGACAACCUCGUGGGGAAUCGCAGCCUACUCGCAUCCCCCGUCGAAACGCCCUGAAGACAAUGUGUCUCUCUUGAGGUUCAAUCCUGUUGGUCAUGGACAUUCUCCAUAUACGACGUAUGAAUGGGACUGUGAAGGCACACCAGAGGCGAACUUUGGUCCCGGACAUGAGGAGCUUAUGAAUUUAGGGCUGAACGGCUCCGUUCCACAGAAUCAGUGUACCUUCAUCCGGUCACUUACGCCUGCUUUCGGUGAUGAUGACUGGAAGGAUAUCGAAUUGGAGGUAGAGUCUUCAAUGAAUGAUCAAGCAUCGGAGGGAUCCCCCAAGGGCCCUUUCCCUUCACUUUCAAGUGGCACGGGUUCUCUUUCAGGUGGCAAAGGUUGUUUCUGUGGUCACAGUCGCGGGGGUAGCUCCGAGGUGACGGAUUCAAUGACCUCUACACAGACAACAGCAGCUCACCCCGCAACCUAUGCCAUUGACAUGAUGCUGCGAAAGUGCCCAAAAGCGAAGGUUGUACUUGUUCAUGACAGCGACUGGUGCUCUGUGAUUCAAGACUCGGAUGACGAUUGGACGCGUACUGCCCAAGACCUUCCCCUUCGAAUUCAAGAGGCAUUCCAUAUCAUUGAAGAGAAGGAUGGUACCGUCUACCUAGAAGAGAAAGCAAGGCCAUCUCAAGACCUCAGUACGUCAUCUGACGUCUCUGUCGGAGGAGAGGUCGAAGAUCUCCCUUCACUCGGAAAUCGAAAUCUAUGGCCUUCGCAACUUUUCGAUGCCUUUGAAACGCCCCCUUCUGACACGGAGGUUGACUCCCCUUGGUCCCACAAGAAAACAGUUAAUGAGGACGAAGAUAUCAAACCCCACAUGUGUCAUGGUUCUGGUGAGGAUGACGGCAAUGGCUUAGGUGACGAAGACGUCACUCCAUAUGAAGAUCGAAAACCAGAGUCUUCCCAAAAUUUCGACCCCUUUGAAAUAUACCCUUCGAACAUGACAGUUAACUCCCCUCGAUUUUUCAAGAAAAGAGUUGACGAUUCGGGUGAUGACAACAAACCUAGGGGCACGGUUGGGGACUUGCCUCAUGCUAGCACUUCAUCCUCGGCUGGGAAUCUGCCCAAUUCCAUUCUGUGGAGUGUGCUCGGUGGGGAAGUUAUCAGCUCGCGGAGGGACCAUAACAGAGGAAAGCCCUUAGAUCUUGGGGGAUCUGACUCCGACACGUCGCGUUCUAUCUUGGCCGUCAGGGGUCAAGAUCCCAUCGAAAAACUCAAUCACGAAAUGACAUCAUAUAAAACUCGACAGUCGUCUUACGGCGACCCCGCCGGCUGCAUGCAAGGGACCCGCGUAAAGGUCCUCGAAGAAUUGGACAUUUGGGCCUCGAACGCCAAUAGCAGCAGGGUAUACUGGAUGGUAGGUAUGGCGGGAAUCGGAAAAUCAACCAUCGCGCACACGUUCUGUGAGAAUCUCGAGGCUAAAAACAUUCUUGGUGGCAGUUUCUUUGCUUCUCGAGCAUGGGGGAAAACUAGGAACGCACGCCUUAUUAUUCCUGUUAUUGCACAUUCGCUGGCCAGAGCUUCACAUGCUAUCAAAGUUGAGGUCGUCAAGGCCAUCGAGGACGACCCUACUCUGGCGGAACCGACCUAUUCUAACAUAAAGGAGCAGUUCAAGCAGCUGGUUUAUAAUCCUGUUCAAACGACCGUCGGCAUGGUGGAUAAAGUUGUCGUUAUUGAUGCCAUCGAUGAAUGUGACAACCUUGAAGUUGUUUCUUCGUUCAUUAAACUUGUUCUUGAAUGGGCGUCGAAAAUUCCGCUCAAGAUAUUCCUAGCCAGUCGAGACGAAUAUCUGAUUCGCAAGGCCUUCGGGUCUACUAGCGAUAGUGUUCGAGGGUACUUCUAUCUCAAUGACAUCAAGAAGGACGUAGUCGAGAAUGAUAUCCGGAUAUAUCUCAGGACAUCGUUGGCCCACAUCAAGGAUGACGAACUGUCCAGUCUCGUCGCAAGUUCUGGCAGGCUCUUCUUUUACGCAGCAACUGCCGUUCGUUAUAUCACCAAUGGUGGUGAGGACUAUAAGUGCCGUCUUUCUGCAAUGUUAACCCAUGGCCAAAAAUCCAUCAACGCGUUUGAAACUGAGAUCGAUUCUCUCUAUGUACAUGUCAUGGAAAAGGUCUGCAAAGACAAGGAGCCGCAUGAAGUCGAUGAUAUGAGAAAUGUCUUGUCGAUCACCAUAUUCCUUCGAAAGCCGUUGUCAAUGGAAGCCAUUACAUCUCUCAAAAGCAACGCGCACUUGUAUUUGGUGUGGCUCACGUCUGUUAUUCACAUUCCUGAUCAACCCGGGGCCGUGGUUACUCCAUUCCAUGCUUCAUUUUCUGACUUCAUCACCGACCCCACACGUUGUUCUCCCAAGCGUUGUCCAUUAUUCCCUUCGCUGGUUGCUUCCGAGGGUCAUAGACUGAUAGCUCUCAAAUGUUUGAUGCUGAUGAACAAGUCACUGAAGUACAACAUGUGUGAAAUCCCCCAAGAAUUGACAUUGUCACGGAUACACAGGGCCAACUCUCUGGAAAACGUUGGAAAAUUUUCUGAAGCACUCAGAUACUCAUGCAUUUAUUGGGCUGCUCAUUUAGCAGAGGUCAAGGAAUUUGACCCCAUGUUCAUCGACAAUCUUCACGUUUUUUUGCACAAGCAUCUUUUGCACUGGAUAGAGUGUCUCAGCACACUGAGUGAACUACAGACCGGACUUAAAUCCCUGAGUAGCAUAGUGACUGUUUUAUCAGUCUUCAAAUUCCAUGACUUUCACUUACUUGUUCAUGACACCUGCCAGUGUUUACAAAUGAACUUUGAAGCUGUCCAGAAACAUUGCAUGGAGAUCUAUGAGUCUGCACUUGUUUGGAUCCCAAAGAAUUCAUUGAUACGCAAGACCUACACUGCCGAUGUCAGCAGAGUUCCAAAAGUGACUCUUGGAUUACCUGACUCAUGGGACCCUGCAGAGCUGAUUGUGCACAAUGGGUCAGCAGUAUCAUCUGUUGCAUUCUCUCAGGAUGGCAGCCGAGUUGUCUCUGGCUUGGACAACAGUAUCAUCCAAAUUUGGAAUGUGACAACGGGCAAGCUGGAGGCUAAGCUGGAGGGCCACACAGAUCAGGUGAGGUCUGUUGCAUUCUCACAGGAUGGCAGCCAAGUGGUCUCUGGAUCGGUUGACAAAACAGUCCGAAUUUGGAAUGUGACAACAGGCAAGGUGGAGGCUGAGCUGAAGGGCCACACAAAUUUGGUGAUGUCUGUUGCAUUCUCGCAGGACAGCAGCCGAGUGGUCUCUGGAUCGGUUGAUGAAACGGUCCGAAUUUGGAAUGUGACAGCAGGUAAGGUGGAGGCUGAGCUGAAGGGCCACACAGGUUUGGUGAACUCUGUCGCAUUCUCACAGGAUGGCAGCCGAGUGGUCUCUGGAUCAGAUGACGAAACAGUCCAAAUUUGGAAUCUGACGACGGGUAAUCCUCAACCAAUACUCACUUCAGACAUCACAUUGCCUGAUGGCAGUAGGGUGAAUAAAACUUCCCCUGGGCAAUUCCGCAUUUUCUAUCCCUUGCAGCAACCUACGCUCAGUAUGAGUUCCUCUACCCAGUUAUCAGAUAACGGUGACUGGAUAAUGACCAACCUUCGUGACUGCUGUAUCCCCUCUCAAUAUCGCAACUUUGUCUGUUCCACAAUUUGGGGCAGCCGAAUAUGUUUGGGCUACCGAUCUGGUCAUUUAGUUGUUGUUGAUAUAACCCCACCACUAUGA